UUAACAAAUUACAAACCAAGGUUUUGUCUGAAGCAAAGCACAGACAAACUCACACACUCUCUUCUUCUCUCUCUCUACUGUAGAUUUUUAAAAACAGAGGGGAGAGAGAGAGAGAGAGAGAGAGAAAGCAAAGCACUUGGGAAAAAAGGGGGGCAAAGAAAGGUACAUUUGAGGAAUGAGUAAAGCAAAAACCAUAUUGUCAUUGCUGUUAUUAGGGUUUUCUUCAAGCCUAGAGCUUUAAAGAGAGAGAGAGAAGACAAGCCCAAGAUAGAUUAUUUUCAUUGGAAACGAAAACCCAUUUUCAAAAUUUGAAUAAAGAAAAGGUUAUCUCAAAGACCCAGUAGUUGAAGAAGAAGAAGCAGCUGCAUAUAUAUACAAAAAGGGAAAAUGGUAGCGAAAUGCUGGUACCCAUUUGAUCAAAUCGGAGGAUCCGAUUGAGCAGUCAGAGAUCUUUGAGAGAUUGAGCUCCAGAAUGCUGAGGGUCUGUGGCAUUUGGGGCUGAAGAUUACAUCUUUUUAUGAAGAGGCCUGUGGAGUAAAGGAACUAGAGUGGAGGAGAAAAUGAAAUCUGAUACGCCUCUUGAUUAUGCGGUUUUCCAGUUGUCACCCAAGCAUUCAAGAUGUGAAUUGUAUGUUUCUAGUAAUGGAAACACUGAGAAGCUAGCGUCUGGUUCAAUCAAGCCAUUUGUAACCCAUUUAAAGGUUGCAGAGGAGCAGGUUGCCCUUGCAGUUCAGUCAAUUAAACUUGAGGUUGAGAAACGUAAACAUGCUGAGAAAUGGUUCACAAAAGGAACACUUGAAAGGUUUGUGCGGUUUGUUAGUACACCGGAGGUACUAGAACUGGUCAAUACCUUUGAUGCAGAAAUGUCCCAAUUGGAAUCUGCACGGAGAAUAUAUUCUCAGGGAAUGGGAGGUCAACCUUCUGGUGCAUUGGGUGGGGAUGGAAAAGGUAGCACAGCAGCCGCAGAUGCAACAAAGAAGGAGCUUUUAAGGGCUAUUGAUGUACGGCUGGUUGCAGUGAGGCAGGAUCUAUCCACAGCUUGUGCUCGUGCAUCUGCUGCUGGUUUCAACCCUGAUACAGUCUCCGAACUACAACUAUUUGCAGAUCAGUUUGGUGGCCAUCGGUUACACGAAGCUAGUACAAAGUUUAUAUCUUUGUGGGAGAGAAGAUCAGAGCUGAUCAGCCCAUGGAAGCCAGGUGGCGACGACAGACUCGUCCGAGCCUCAUGCGAGUCCGACAUGUCAAUCGAUGACCCUACCGAAGACACAACUGGGUUGCAUCUAGAAGACCUAUCAAAGCCAUCCACGUGUCAACAGCCCAAGUCCGUUGCCAGCAACUUUCCCAGGCAACAACGUAACAACGUAACUGAGGAAGACAAAGACGGCGACAAGACCAAGAAGGUGGAAAACAAGGACGAGCCUCAGACCGAGCCAACGUUGGCGACUCAACAACCUGCGAGAAGGCUCAGCGUCCAGGACCGCAUCAAGCUCUUUGAGAAUAAGCAGGACAGUCCUACUGGUUCCAGCGGUGGCGGCAAACCCGUUGUUGCCAAACCUGCGGAGCUCCGGCGGCUGUCGUCUGAUGUGUCAUCGGCGCCUGCGGCCGUGCUUCGGAGAUGGAGCGGUGCUAGUGACAUGAGCAUCGAUUUGAGUGCUGACAAGAAAGACACUGAGAGCCCCUUGUGCACGCCAUCUUCUAUUUCCUCUGUUUCUCUAUCAAGGGGAAAUAGUAUUGUAUCUGGUGUGGCAGAGGGUAAGGACCGGAAGGCGCUGAAUGACUCGGUGGAUUCGAGUCUUUCUGGUAGAGUUGGCCAUCUUGGGGUGAAAGAUCAAGCCGAGGGGCAGAUCGGGGCUGGGGUAUUAGGUGAAGAGGAGGAGGUGGGGUCAAAGGUGAGGAACAAUUUGAAGACGCAGGUGAGUUCCCAGACCCAAUCCAAGUCUUCUAUUGGCAAAACAGAGCAGGUUGCGUUAAGUGAUCAAGGGGUUUCUCUAGAGAAGUUGAAUAUAUCUUCUGCUAGCAAAGAGAGAAGUGGUGGGUCUAAGGAUCAACCCGGUUCCGAGACACGGUCUAUAGGAUUUUCAAAUCGGGCAGCGGUUGCUGGUGGGAAGAACCAGGUUGGGAGUGCUCCAUCUGAUGGUGGAACUGUGAAUAGGGUUGAGGAUUCUAGAUCGAGAGAUCAGUCAAUGACUCAGUUACAUCCUAGGGGAUUCCAGGGUCAUACCCGAUCUUUCUCGGGGCAGUCUGAAGGUGGUUUUGGACGAAAACCUGAUGAAGCCUCUUCAGGGCAGCUCAAAGGCAUCCAGCCUGAUCAAUUACCUCCCCAGCCUCUGUGGAGAUCGUUUUCUGGAGAGCUUGAGGAGGAGGUGGGAAGAAAGGACUUGACAUCAUCAGAUAAGCAACAACUAAAAGUGGAUAGUUCUGGAACUCAGAAAAUGAAAUUCCAGAAACCUGCUUCUGCCAGUCGUGAACAGAAUAAGAGGUCACUGGGUAGGAGAGAUGAAGGCGGAAACAUCAAGUUGGAUUUUAUGGGUGAUAAAGGUUCAGUGAAUCAAGAGAGCCUUGCUACAAUGUCAACAGCAGUAGAGCAAGUUCAGAGAGUAAGACAGACCAAGGGAAAUCAGGAACUCAAUGAUGAACUUAAACUCAAGGCAAAUGAGCUUGAAAAGCUUUAUGCAGAGCACAAACUUAGGGUUCCUGUGGAUCAGUCUAGUUUCGCUCGUAGAAGCAAGCCUGUGGAUAUGAAGAAGGAAGAGGCAGUAAGUUCACAACAUAGAAAGCCAGCAGUGGAGGAGAUUCCUCCUGCACAAUUUGUUGACACCAGAGUCAUGGAACCUGAGGGUAGUUCUAGUAACAUGGCAAACUUCAAUACUCCACCAUUGAAGGUACCAAGUAACCAGGACUAUGGUGAUACUCCAAAGCAGAAUUUCUCCGAGGUUGGAUUCUCUCUUGAUUCUAAAGGAAAAUUCUAUGAGAGGUACAUGCAGAAAAGAGAUGCUAAGCUGAGAGAAGAAUGGGGUUCCAAAAGAGAAGAGAAGGAGGCCAAGUUGAAGGCCAUGGAAGAUAGCCUUGAACAAAGUAGGGCAGAGUUAAAUGCCAACUUUUCAGGGUCAGCAGACAGACAGGAUUCAGUAUCCAGUGCUCGUCGACGCGCUGAGAAGCUCAGAUCAUUUAAUUUUCGAUCUAGUAUGAAAAAGGAGCAGCCAUUAGAUUCCGCCCCCUGGACCCCAACUGCACCAGCCCCUCGUUCAUCAGCCAAAGUUUCCAACCUUAGUUCAGGGCGGCGAAGAUUAGAAUCAGAUAAUCCUCUUGUACAAUCAGUUCCAAACUUUUCUGAUUUAAGGAAAGAAAAUACGAAGCCCUCUUCUGGAGUUAGCAAAGUAGCCGCUAACAAAAUAGCUGCUCGCUCACAGGUCAGAAGCUAUUCCCGCAGCAAGAGUAGUAGUGAAGAUACAGUAAUGUUCAAGGAAGAGAAGUCGCGGCGUUCUCAGUCCUUGAGGAAGAGUUCCGCUAAUCCUGUAGAAUUCAACACCUUGUCGCCAAUGAACUCUGAUGGGGUUGUCUUGGUGCCAUUAAGAUUUGACAAAGGGCAAACUGAGCAGGGCCCUUAUGACAAAUUUCCAGAAAUUGUGGAGUCAAAAUCCUUUCUUAGGAAGGGUAAUGGGAUAGGUACUGGUUCCGGAGUAAGUAUUUCUAAGCUGAAAGGUUUCAUGGCAUCUGAGACCAGGAACAAUGAAGAAGAAUUUGAUGAAUUGGCCUUUGAGGCAGAAGAUGCAGUAGAUAUGGCCAAGGAAGAAGAAGAAGAGGAAGAACUUGAAAUGAUGGUAGUUGAGGAUGAUGUUGAUAUGGAUAUCGGAAAACCGAGAUCUAGUCAGGAAUCUGACAAGUCUGGUAACUCCGGGUCUGAUAAUGUCAAUUCUGUAAGAUCUCUUUCUCAAGCAGACCCCACAUCAGUUGCCGAGUUGCCUGCUGCGGUGCCUUCAACAUUUCAUGCUGUGGAGUCUGUGCCAGGCUCACCAGGGGAAAGCCCCAUGUCAUGGAACUUACAGAUGCAUCAUCCGUUUUCCUACCAACAUGAGACCUCUGAUAUUGAUGCCUCUGUAGACUCUCCAAUGGGGAGCCCUGCUUCUUGGAAUUCUCAUGGUCUUAGCCAAACAGAUGUUGAUGCAGCUCGAAUGAGGAAGAAAUGGGGAAGUGCUCAGAAACCUGUCCUUGCUACUAAUUCAUCACAAAAUCAGUCACGCAAGGAUAUGACCAAAGGAUUUAAACGGUUGUUAAAGUUCGGAAGAAAAAGUCGUGGGACAGAUAAUAUGGCUGACUGGAUCUCUGCUACGACUUCUGAAGGAGAUGAUGAUACCGAAGAUGGGCGAGAUCCUGCCAACCGAUCAUCAGAUGAUUUGAGAAAGUCAAGAAUGGGAUUUGCACAGGGUCCCGAUGAUGGCUUCAAUGAAACUGAGUUCAAUGAAAGGGUUCAAGCAUUAAGCUCUAUCCCAUCACCUCCGGUGAACUUUAAACUGAGGGAGGAGCAUAUUUCGGGAAGCUCAUUAAAAGCUCCAAGAUCAUUCUUCUCGCUCUCAUCAUUCCGAAGCAAGGGAAGCGACUCAAAGUUGAGAUAAGUACCACUUAGAGAAUACCCCAUCACAAGUGCUUGGAUUAUUCAAGGUAGGGUGUAAAGGGUGAUCAGUUAUAAGAUACAAAAAGAUUGAUUAAGCACGAUUCAGCCAUCUAAUAUAAGAUCGACGAUGGGAUUAUGUAUAUGUUGGACUCACCAGGCUUGGUCAUUUAGUUAGCUACAUAUGAUGAUAGUUGUGUUCAAAAUGUGGUGUAUAUUCUAUUGAACAAUGAGUCGAUUAUUGGCUUAAUGCAACUGUGGUUUUGGUAGUCUAGAGGCAUUCUUUUUCUCUCCAAUUUGGUGUAGCCUUUUUGUGAUGUAUAUCUGCACUUUUGUUAGAAUCAGCAGUGUUGACAGUUUAAGGAGAGUGAUAUGAUUAUCCGGAAUAGUAGCUUGUAAUACAAACACCGCUUUUUCCUCGUCAUCUCCUGUUGGGUAUUUUUCUUU